CCACCAAUUUAAUCAUGAUGCGAUGAAUUGGUCUAACCUCGAAUGACCCACUUGUAAAGAUAUAGCUUCUUUUAACAUUUUGAAUGAGAUCUCUUUUGUUAACGGUCAGAAGUUCAAAGUUGACUGAUCAGAAUGAUAAUUAAGUGAACACCAUUCAUGAGGGCUUUCAGUAGGGAGAUAUGGGUUCUUGUUUGAAGGUGCCUUUGCUUUUAUGCUUUAUUUAUUAUUGUCUCAUCAUUGCUGUUGAUGGCAAAGAAUGGCCACACUUGUCCAAAAUACAACCUUCAACUGCACCUGUUGUGCAAGCUGCCGCCGUCCAAGAUUUGGUUGCUCGUUUGAUUCCGGAGCGGCAAAACGAAUUCCAAAUUCACGUCGACCCUUUGCUGUCCACCACGGGAAGAGACACCUUUCGACUAUUAAAAAAGCCAGGUGACGCCCGAGUCUUUGUGACCGGCAGUUCGGGGGUUGCAGCCGCUGCGGGCUUCAACUUUUACCUGAAAUAUUCCUGCCACAGCCAGAUCAGUUGGGAAGCGAAUUCGCAACUCAGCCUUCCGCAAGAACUGCCUCAAAUUGAUACCGAAAUAACUUCACCUGACAGAUUCAGGUAUUACCAGAAUGUUUGCACCUUGGGCUACUCAUUUAUCUGGUGGAAUUGGUCGCAAUGGGAACGCCACCUUGACUGGAUGGCCCUUAAUGGAAUUAACCUGCCUUUGGCUUUUGUGGGCCAAGAAGCACUUUGGCAGCGCGUUUGGAAACGACUCGGUUUCGAGCAAAAUGAAAUCAACCCAUAUUUCAGCGGUCCUGCAUUUUUGCCGUGGAAUCGGAUGGGUAAUAUGCGAGGUUGGGGAGGCCCUUUGCCCUCGUCGUGGAAUGAAAAAUCGUUGGCUCUGCAGCGCCAAAUCCUUGAUAGGAUGCGCGACUUUGGCAUGACUCCGGUUUUGCCAGCGUUUGCUGGCUUUGUGCCGAGGGCAAUUGCGCGAGUUUUUCCUUCGGCGAACGUGACAAAAAUGACUAGGUGGAACAAUUUCCAGGACGGAUUUUGCUGUCCUUACAUGCUUCAACCCGACGAUCCACUUUUUGCAAAAAUUGGAGCACUCUUUUUGAAAGAGGUGAUCAAAGAAUUUGGCACAAAUCACAUUUACAAUUGCGAUACUUUUAAUGAAAUGGAGCCGACUUCUGGGGAUGAAAAAUAUCUUGUGGAAGUUGGUUAUUCCACUUUUUCUGCAAUGACCUCCAUUGACCCAGAUGCAAUUUGGAUGAUGCAGGCUUGGCUUUUCAUGCACGAUAGUUUUUGGAGCAAGGAAAGAGCUAAAGCACUCCUUACAAGUGUCCCCACAGGUCGUAUGUUGAUCCUCGACCUUCAAUCUGAACUGAGCGAACAAUUUACCCGUCUGGAUUCAUACUUUGGUCAACCUUUUAUUUGGUGCAUGUUGCACAAUUUUGGAGGCACUCUCGGUUUAUAUGGCGCCGCGCAGCGAGUUAAUCAAGGAGUGCACAAAGCAAGAAAAAUGCCAAACAAUACAAUGGUCGGAGUAGGAAUAACGCCAGAGGGCAUCAACCAGAACUACGUUAUUUAUGAUUUGAUGCUGGAAAAUGGAUGGACCAGCCAACCUGUCAAUCUUACUGAUUGGUUCGGUCAAUAUUCAAAGCGCAGAUAUGGAUUUGAAAAUGAGUUGGCAGUCAAGGCCUGGAAUCUUUUGCUUAACAGCGUCUACUCAUUCAAUUUGACGAACAUAAAAGUUCGUGGAAAAUACGUCAUUUGCAGAAGGCCCAGCUUCAAGCUGAAACCAAUUAUUUGGUAUCAACCGUUGAGCGUGGCCAAAUCAUGGGACAGUUUGUACGAGCUCGUGCCAAAACAUAAAAACUUGAGUACUUUGCAACACGACUUUGUGGACGUCACAAGACAGUGUCUUCAAUUAUUGGGAGCUUUUUACCACUCGCAAAUUACGAAAGCGUACAGGAAGAAAAACUUGCCGGAUUUGAGGAAAAAUGGGGAAAUGCUGCUGGAGCUUUUUGUAGACAUGGACUCUGUAUUGGCCAGCAAUGAAGAUUUUCUUAUGGGAAAGUGGAUCAGAGACGCCAGGAGCUGGGGAGACAACAAUAAAGAGUCGGAUUUGUACGAAUUUAAUGCGCGGAAUCAAAUUACUCUAUGGGGCCCACAAGCGGAAAUUCUUGAUUACGCGAAUAAACAGUGGUCAGGCGUUGUAAACUAUUACUAUAAACCGCGCUGGCAGCUAUUCAUUCAAAGCCUGAUUGGAAGCCUUGUGUCGGGAGAAUCCGAGUUUGACCAAAACACUUUCAACCAGCAAGUUUUUCGUUCCGUCGAAGAACCAUUUACUCUGGACAAAAAACAACUCCCAAUUGAAAGUUCUGGUGAUUUCUGGACGGUGGCGAAUGCGACUUACUCAAAGUGGAGACCAAGGUUCGAUCGGAGCGCAGUCAACUUUUUGACCAGGGCUAUGAAGAGAAACGUAGGACAGGAGUAAAAUGUGAAACUCUCCGCAAUUCUCAUAAUUAAAUUUGUUUUUAUUGUUGAAAAUUUCGCACACAAAGGAAUUAACAUGUAUUAAGCCCCAUACAAUAUAUAUUGGAUUGUGUAAAUUGUUUAACACUGUUGAUUAUUUCAGUUAUUGUUCCGAGUGAUAGUCUAUGAGUCGCUAACAUUCAUAAUUUCAUUUAGUUUUUUUGUAACAAUAAACACAAUAUAUGUCUACAACA